CAAUGAACGUUUAACCGUUAGCUCGAGCUGCGAGAGUCCGUCGAUGGGGGCCAGCGGCAGCACCAGGCGUGUGUCCUUCGGUAAAGACGAUCAGGAGCGAGUGACAGUUUUACAGGGAAUGAGGCUAUCUGACAACCUUGUCUCAAGGAUGAAGGAUCUGUCCCAAUCAACGUCAAAACCAUCAAACUCCAUCCCUGGAGGGCCUGAUUUCCAAGGGGGUGAUAACAUGACACUGAAGCAUUCUGGAACUGAAGAGGAGAUGUACAAGAGGUAUGAAAAAGAGGCACUGGUGAAAGAAGAGAUGUCCAAGCUUGCUCCACAAGAACAAGCGGUUGCCAAUGCUGACCUCAAAGAGCAAGUGAUCUCAACUGAGGAGCAAAAGAACAUCAAACAGCUUACCAGCCAACUGGAAAAGAAGGAAGCAGAUCUUCAGAGACUUGAAGCCUUUUAUAAAGAACAGUUGGACCUUAUAGAACAGAAGCAUGUUGACUACUACCAACUUGCAUCAGCACAAUUCAAUGAAGCUGCAGCAAUAGCAGAAGUUCGUGUCAAGUCAAGAAACUAUGAGCCUCUCUGUGCAAAUCUGCAAUCCCAAAUCCUUAAUUGUUACCAAGAAAAUCCACAGCUGACUUUAAAGUGCUCUGGCUUCGCCAAGGAAUACCGCCAUUGCAUCAGAGAGGCACAAAAGAUGCUGUUGGUGAAUCAUGGCUAAAGCGCAAGAAGGCUCUGUUCCGUGCCUGUUCUCAUAGAAACAAUGUUCUGCUCUUCACAAACAUGAAAGGGUUUGUCUAUGAUUGUGUUUAACAGUAAAUAUGCAUUUGAAUGACUUCAUCAACCCCUUGAUAUUAGCUCAUUGCAAACGUAACUCAGUGUUCUUUUGAAACUCUGCAUAAAUCAACCCAAAUUAUUCCCUUUCUGCUGUAUGUACAUGUGGAGCAUUCCAUCAUGUCGUACCUUCA